AUGCGUCUUGAACAUGAGCUCCGUGGUGUUUCCGAUGAUCUGAUUUGCGAACUAUUAAUUCGAUCAGGACGCCAACAUCUGCUGGCCAAACCAAAAGGUGUAGACAGUGAUCUGCCAGCCGAGUUUGCCGAGGUCAAGAUGAUUGAGCGCCGCCUUAAAUCACAUAUUGCCGAUGAUAUUGUUGAUAGCGCCGUAAGCGAGUGUCGUGAUCAGAUCUUCGACGAAUGCAAAACGAACAAAGCCGAAUUUCGAGAACGGUCGAAGAUGGUAACUCCGAAAUACGCCUUACGGCCAAUGAAUACAUCUGCAGGAAUGGCUGAGGAGAUUGCUGGAGAAGCUGCUGGAGGAAAGGCAUUAAAUAUGGCUGGUACUGCUGUAGGUACUGUGGCAGUUGCUGAAAGCUUUGAUCACAUCCCGGACUAUCUGAUGGGAUUCCCAUGGGAACCCGGCCCCUACUUGAAGUAG